UCAGUAAAAGUACUCUUUGGGAGUCUCUCUGCCGGACAUGAGAAGAUGCCAAAGAGAAAAGCAAAAACAGAUUUCAAAAAGAAAGGACAUCAAGCCAAGCUGGACCCUCACAGUAAAUUGCUUUCACCUGAGGAGCCAGAUGUCUCAAGUAUAUUGAAAAUUCCUGGAACUGGGCAAACAGAGGAAACUGAUGACUUGUUUGAUCACCCUUUACAUAGCACUGCGGUGUCUGCUUAUGAGGAAGUGGAAGGGGCUGGGAAUGGGAACGAUCACUAUUCAACACUAGAUGAGUCUACCAGCAGUUUAUCUGACUCAGAGCCCCCAAAGAAAAAUACAAAAAAACGGAAAAGUCACCACACCUUGAAAACAAUAGUGAGAAUUGAAGAUUCAGAAGAGGAAUCUUCAGUAAAGGACAAGAUACCCAAGAAAAAGGCUCAGUCCCAUGUAAAUAAGAAUGUUUUACCAGAAAGGGAGACAGAUUGUCCAGUUUCAAAAAAAGUUUCAAAAAGGCCAAAAAAAGGUACCAGACGUCUUACCAAACAAAAAGUUGUUUUGAAUGAGCUUGAGAAGAUAACAGCAGAAUACAAACAAGAAGUGAAGCUGGAGAAAUAUAGAAAAGUUAUUGAUAAAUUUCAUACCGGUUUCAAAGAUCAACUCACCAACACUACUGCAGAUGCUGAGAAACUGAAAAAUAUAAAAUUGAAGCAAAUAAAGAUGGUCAGAAAGACAAAUAAGAAAAGACGACGUUUGAUAGAAAUUAAAGACGAACUACUUAGAAAUGAGCCAGAACUGAAGAAGCUAAAGAAAGAAUACAGUAAACUAAAAGAAAAAAUAUCCUGUCUCAGGAACGCAGUUCAGUUUAUCAAAGAUUUAAAGAGUCUUCAGCAAAUGAAUGAUGAGAAGGAAAACUCACAAGAAAAACUAGUAUAUGGCAUUUCCAGCCUUCCUGCACUUCUGAUGGAUUCAAGAAGAAUUUUAAGAGCAGAAAGUCACCUUCAAAACAUCAAUAAAAAAUUACAGGAAAGUUUGGGAUUGCAAAAAAACAACUAGGUAUUCAUCAUACAAAUUAUAUUCUAUGUUACCAGAUGUUAAUGUUUUGAAAUAUCAAGUAGGAGCUGAAGCCUGAAAAUUGGUAACAGUCUUUUUUUUUUUCAGAGACCUAAAUUCCAUAAAUUCCUUUUGGCAAGUUUACUUGUAUAUUUAAAUAUGACUAAUUUAAAGAGCAAUAAAUAUUUGUUUAGCAAAGAAAAAAUAGUGAGGCAAUAAAACAGAUCACUGAAUCAGAAA